GACUAUAGUGGAAAAGAAGACCGAUAGUUUUUUAUAUCCUUGUUUGAGUUUCUGUGGGAGAAAGACAUGUUUUACGGAGGAAAAGUAAAGAGUGAGCCCCGACCGCACAGUCGUCACAGCCGACAGCUAAAGGAUGUUAGCAAGAGUUGCACGAGUCUCCUCAACGUCAAAAUGAGACCGUAAAUCUUUCCGUGGAGAAGGGAAAAGCUCUGUUUGGCCUGCGACACAGAGAAGAGAGGAACGAAAGAGGAAAAGUCAAGGAGGACAAAAAAGAAGAGAAGUGCCUUAGAAGUGGAAAGAGAGAAGCGACACAGAAAUCUGCAGCACUUUGUGAAAAGUGAAGAAAAUGGGACCGUUGAAGAAACACAGAGGGCGUUCUCCCCCAUUAACUAGAGGCAGAGGGGGGAGGAAGAGAGGGGCAUCUCAGCCCCUCCAAGAGAAAGACUCCAAAAGAGUCAAGAGGGAAAUGUUUGUCAAAACCACACAACACACACCCAACACUCCAUCUAAACGCAGACACACUCCGCCCACAGCCGCCAACUCUAACGUAGAGCCAGUCACAAACAGCAAUAGCCCCGCGGGGGAGGAGCCUGCCGAGCUGAGGAAACCUGUGGAGGCCGCUGAGAAGGAUGGAAAGAAAGCAGAAGAGAACGUAGAGAAGGAAAAGAUAGUGGUCACAAAUGGAAACUCUACCAUGCCCUCAAAUUCUGAAACAUCUCUUACCUCUGCCCCAGCGCCACUCUCCACAGCGACGCCCCCUCUAGCCACCAAUCACAGUCCAAGUUCAGGCUCAGUCUCUAGUAGGAAAACAGCCACAUUUAAGGCCCGCAUACCCAAGAAAAAAUACACAUAUGAGCACUUUGCUAACAAUGCAUGUGCCAUGUCUACCAUUACUACCUCCAGCUCUACACUCAUACAUAACAGUUACUGCAAUAGCAACAGCAAAAUAAGUGACAGUGUGAAUACUCCUAAUAAUAAUUUCAAGAGUACAAAUAAUAUUAGUAAUAGCAUUAAUGAAAGCAUUAAUGUUCCAAGCAUCCAUAGCAGUAGUGUCACUACAGGUGGUGUUAAUAAUAUGAAUAACAGUUGUGCUGGGAGCCAUAGUACUUUUAUCAAUAGCAGAAGAAAUAAUUGCUCAGGUAAUCCGCUAUCAUUGCUAACUGUGGAUAGUAAAGCUACAGAAGCAAAUCACCUUGUUUCCACUGAGGAUAAACCCCCCAGGACAGCAGACUUCCAGGAAAAAGAGUCUCAAGCUGGGGAAAAUGAGUCGGAAGGGGCCCCCAACUCGGUGCGCUCCUCCUCGACUGAUACGGCCAGCGAGCACUCAGCUGACCUGGAUGCGAUGGAAGCGACGGGACCAAGCCUUCAUCAGAAAAACUCCCACAUCCCAGCUCCUCUCCAUAACUCGCACCCUAAAGACGUCAGUCUUUCGCAGGGGCUAGCUGAAGCUCUGGCCAAAGGUAUGAAGAACCAGAGAGUCCUGGCUCGCCAGAAUGCGUGUGGGGUCGAAGCUGCAAAUAACGGAGACUCUUACUUUCCGUCGCCCGUGUUUAGGCCAGGGGUGGUGCGUAGGGUGUGCGGAGGCACUGUUGAAAUCCAGCUCCAAGGAGAAGAAACUCUCGUUAAAUACCCUUUUCAUGGAGGAAACAUGUUGUCUUCAUCUUCUGGGGCUAAGAGCACAGUGGAGUUCAUUUUAGAUGCACCCCCACCUGGCGUGGCACCUGUGGCUGUUGGGACCCAAGUGUGUGUGCCAUUUGGUGGAGAGGAAGGGGGUCCUCUGCUGUACAGAGAGGGGAUUGUCGCUCAGGUGGACCCCCACCCCGGCGUCUCGUUUCCUUACCAGGUGCUCCUGAGUGAAGACAGAAAAACCCAGAGCGGAGGGGUGGGAGAGGCGAAAGAGACAAGUAAAGCGAACGGUCAGGCCCAGUGGGUGUCCCGACAGAGCCUCAGACUGCUCACCCCUCCCUGGGAGGUCUCGCAUUUAGAUGGCGGGAGGGCAAAGGAGAGAGAGCGGGAGAGGGAGAGGGAAGAGAGGGAACGGCGGGAGGAGAUGGAGGUGGAGAGGGAAGUCUGCCAACUGAGUAUUGGAAUGGGUGUGCUGGGAGGUGGUGCCAGGUUGGGUCAUGGCUACUCACACGAAGGGGUCACGGGAGGACAUAGCUAUGGAAAUGUACAUCCACCUAGCCAUCCCUCCUCCGUGACUUCUGGCGGAGCCGCCAGCACGCUUCACGGCUGCAGAGAUAAUUACUCCGAACGACAGAAACAGCCUGACACUCCGGAAGAAGAUGUAGAGGUAUCUUGUUUCAGCAUGGGUCUUACCAGUGGUCCAAAACCAAAUGCUGGAACAUCUCAGCACAGGAACAUCAUCUCCAAGUCCAGCGUCUACCCUCCCUCCUCCCCCCAGUUCUCCUCUCUGGUCCGGGGCCUGGGGACGCCCCACCUCUCCACCAUAGCAGCUUCUCAGCCACCCCCUUCCCCGGCCUUGCUGGGGUCCGAAAUUAGCAACGCCUCUUCAAACCUACCUCCAUCCAAAACCACUCCCUCGCAGACCCUUACUCCCUCUUCCGGUGGGGGCUCCUCUUCUACCUCCUCUCGCUCCAGGACCCCUCUAUCAUUGGCUCAGCAGAAAUACAAAAAGGGUGACGUGGUGUGCACCCCCAAUGGUAUUCGUAAGAAAUUCAACGGCAAGCAGUGGAGGAGGCUCUGCUCCAGGGAGGGCUGCAUGAAGGAGUCUCAGCGUCGGGGCUACUGCUCUCGACACUUGUCCAUGAGGACCAAGGAGAUGGAGGCAGCAGGUGGAGAGCGGGGAGGAGGAGGAGGCAGCAGCUCAGGGACAGUUACUCCUUCUGACCUUCGGGGGAGGGCAAGCAGUGAGUUCGAGUGGGACGACACGUCGAGAGAGAGCAGCGAGACCAGCAGCCGAGGAGACUCCAGACCCCGCUUGGUGCUCCCCUCCCUCCUCCCUCAUGACCUGUCGUCACGGUUCGACUUUGAUGAGUGUGAGGCCGCCACCAUGCUCGUGUCGUUGGGGAGCUCCCGCUCUGGCACCCCCUCCUUUUCUCCCAUCUCCAACCAGUCGCCUUUUUCCCCUGCCCCCUCUCCCUCCCCAUCUCCACUGUUCGGCUUCAGGCCGGCCAACUUCUCCCCGAUCACCGCCUCCCCAGUCCUGCAGCACCGGAGGCACCGGCAGCCCAGUGGCACGGGGGGAGGAGGGGGAGGGGGCAGUAAGGCGGCAACCCCAGGUGGAGGAGGAGAAAGGGAGAGGCACACUUCGGGCAUCCAGCCCUCCUUCCACAGUAACCUGACAUUUACAGUGCCCAUGAGCCCCAGCAAACGAAAGCCAGACGCGCCUCCUCCGCCGCCCCUCCCCUCAAACCACCACGAUUACACACCCAAAACAGAGCUGGAGCAGGGAGACCUCAACAACUCUUUCCGGGUGCUGUCCCCCCAAACCCCGGCUUCGAACUCCCGCACGCACACGCCCACUUUCUCUCGACCCAGAGGGGUGACCACCCCGUCAUCCAGCAGGCCCCCGUCUUCUACUGCUAUUUCCCCUCCUCCUCUGCUGGUGUCCCCGACCCCUCCUUCCCCUCUCACUACGGAUGGAGGGCCUCGUCGUGUGGUCCCUGUAUCCCAGCAGGCCUUAAGGGACUCCCCUGUGAUUGUGAGGAAUCCUGAAGUCCCACUGGCAAAAUUUACAGAGUGUCCCAUGGGUAGAGGAGUAGGUGGGAAUGAGGGAGGGACAGAUAACACGUUAUCUAAAGACACUGCCACCGACCCCCUCACUCCUCAACCAGUUUCCGGCCUGCAGGUUCCCGUCCCGAUUAAUGCCGCUGCAGCCGCAGUUCCCAACGGCACCGUCAUUCUGCGGAGUCCAGCCCAAACUCUGGUGCUCGUCUCCCCGACACCUUGCUCCCUGCCCUCCGCUGACACCCAUGCCACCCCCCUGCAGGCCCUGUCAGUUACAGUCAGCACAACAGGCACCGCUCCCGCUCCAAGCAGCACGGACAGCUCCGGGGAGCAGGAGGAGAGCAAGAGCGCGGCGUUUGGCGGCGAGGUCCAGCAGCCAGUCCCCUGUCACCCUUCUCCCACCGCUCUGCUGCCUCUCAUCCUGCCAGCGGAAAGCCUUCACCCUGUCCCACGGAAAGACAUCAUCAUGGGACGCCCUGGCACAGUGUGGACCAAUGUGGAGCCACGUUCAGUUCCAGUCUUCCCUUGGCAUUCAUUGGUCCCUUUCCUGGCUCCCACCCAGUCGGACGCUUCUUCUCAGCCAGGAGAGGGCCAGCACCCAGUCAACCAACCCCAAGCAGCUAGUUUAAAGACAGAGUGUCAAGGGGUGGCAACACUGUCACAGGAGCCUGCAGAGGCACCUCCCACCAUAGAGCGAGGCCCCCCACCCCGGCCUCCCCCUUCCUCUGAUGAUCCGCCUCCAGAGAAGGAGAAAGGAGAUGCUGAGAGAGAGAGGCCCGACAGUGAAACUGAGAGUGAUGUGGACGAUCCCUUCCUUCCGGGAGUCGUUCCAGAGCAGCCCCUCUCUACAUCACCGGUGAAGAGACGUACUCAGUCGCUCAGUGCGCUGCCCAAAGAUGGAGACAAGAGCAGCCCAGGAAAGAGGGAGAAGGACCACAUCCGGCGACCGAUGAAUGCAUUUAUGAUUUUCAGUAAGCGCCAUCGAGCACUGGUGCACCAGCGGCACCCGAACCAGGACAACAGGACAGUCAGCAAGAUUCUUGGGGAGUGGUGGUACGCUCUGGGGCCUAAAGAGAAACAGAAAUACCAUGACUUGGCCUUCCAGGUCAAAGAGGCCCACUUCAAGGCCCACCCGGACUGGAAGUGGUGCAACAAAGACAGGAAGAAGUCCAGCUCUGAAGGUCGUGGGGUCCCAGGAGGCAAAGACAUCAGAGAGAGGAGCAUGUCUGAAUCCACAGAACCCCAUUCUGUGGAGUUGAAGGGUGUCGGUCCAGGUCUGGUGGGUGUGUCUGAGAGGAGUACAGGAGAAGGACAUGUGGGCCAACUUACCCGACCCAGAGCCUUCUCUCAAAGUGCCAUACACAGCCUGGAGCGGAGUGACAGGGGUAACACACAAGCCCUGGCAGAACUGGCUCAGAUGUGUGGGGAUGGUGGAAGUCAGUUUUCGAGCCAUGCUCCUCCACUGUCACAGUCGCAGCGAGGGGUCAGUGAGGACAUGACCAGUGACGAAGAGCGCAUGGUCAUCUGUGAGGAAGAGGGAGAUGAUGAUGUCAUUGAGGACCCUUAUCCUAGCAGCUCCAUAGACCUCAAGUGUAAGGAGCGGGUGACUGACAGCGAUAGUGAGAACGGCUCAGGAGAUGAAAGUGAUCGAAAGAGAGUUUUUGCUCCAGUCAUCUGCUCCUCUGCAUCAUCCUCUUCCUCGCACCAUACCCCACACGGAAGGAGUGUCUCGCUGUCCUCUUACCCCACCAACAAGCGCUACGAUGAGGGGCGAUCAGGAGGGGGAGGGUUUUCAGACCACAGGAGGAAGGACAGGGGAGAGGGAGAGAGUAAGGACACAUUUGUGGGUGAGGGAGGUGGAAGUGUGCAAGUUCCUUCUCUCUCCCUCUCUUCUGGUCAGUCAGCCAUGUCCUCUUCUACAGCAGGAGGGCCUCCGUCCUCAGCGAUAGGUUCUCUGGGUGUGAACCUGGGAGUUGGCGCUGUCAGGGUGGCCUCCACAGUGGUGACCAAUGUAACCAAUGUAAUGCGUCCUGUCAUUAGUACACCGCUCCCCAUCGCCAGCAAACCGAGAGAUGGAGGCACUUCAUCCAGCCCGCACCCGCCAGAGAGGAAGUCUCUGACUCCCCAGCAGCAUCCACAGCUUCUGAUUGGUUCGGGAUCAGGAGGCGGUGGGUACUACUCUUCAUCGUCACCUAACCCUGUAGGUGCGAGCGUGGGCCCAGGUGGUGUAGUGACUAAUUUGGUGUUGGGCGGGGCUUUGUCAGGCCAACCCGCUGUACAGCUCAUCACCCCCUCCCCUCAGCCAUCCCAACACCAGGCCCUUCCCUCCACUGCUGUUUCAGUUCCACAUAGCCAAACCAAUGGGCCCCUGCCUCUGUCCCUGCUUCAGCCCCAGUUCCUUCCUGCAUCCUCACUGGCUCCCCCUGGGGGUAAGGCCAUCACACAAGUUCAGUAUAUUCUGCCCACCCUACCUGCCAACACCCACCCCAAGAGUCCACCUCAGCAGCUCAGCCAGCCAACCAGUAUCUUCAACCUGCCCACAGCUCCGCCAACACACGUGUCCUUGGCCAAUGGAAAGCAGCAGGGUACUAGUUCGCUGUCGGGAUACACGUCCAGUCCGGCAGUGGGGGUCGUCAGCCCGGGACCCAGAGCACAAACACAGUCUCCGGUGCUCCAGGGUAAAAUGCUUGUUCCUAUGGCAACAGUACGGACUGCUCCUACACCUGCCCAGCCGUUUCCCAUCGUGGCUCCACCUCUUCCUGUCCAGAACGGUGCUCAGCCUGGAAGCAAGAUCAUCCAAUUGACUCCCAUGCCUGUGGUCCAGUCCCAGCUGCCUCAGGGUGGAGCGGUGCAUCCUGCCAGCCCCUUCCCUGUAACAGUGGGCACAGCUGCUGUUGUAGCGCCAGGAUCAGCCCCCUCCCAAGCUGUACUGCUGCCACCAGCACCUACCAGGAUCACUUAUGUCCAAUCUACUCCGGGGGUCCCAUCCACUUUGCCUCUGGUCUCCACAACAACAGGCUCUUCCCCCACUCAGCAGGCUCUGCCGGUGCCGGGAUCUGCAUAUGUUCCAUCGCCCCUAGCAACACUUGGGUUCACAGCCAUCGCACCGCCCGGACAGACGCUGGUUCAGCCGCUGAUUGCAGGUCAGCCCCCGCUCUUAGCCGCCGCUCAGUCUCCUCAGCCCUCCACCUCGGCCCCGGCUUCAGGCUCUGGCUCAGGCCAAAUCGUCACUGCCAUCUACCCUCCUUCACCUAAUGUCACCAUGGCAACAGGGGUGGUCUCCAUGGCAGCGGUACCCCCCAGCGUGGUUUACUCUGUCUCCAGCCCUUCUAGCGCUUCUCCCCACAUCCUGCCCAAACACACGGCGACCCCGACAACCAUCACACACCCACACCCACACCCACACCCACACUCGCAGCCCCACCCGGACAGACAGGCAGACAGACACCUACCUCCAGACCGAUCCGCGGAGCGACAAGCCGACAGGCAGGCUGAGAGGCAGGCAGAACUGUUGACACAUUCGGACAGACAGCUUGAGAGGCAGAUGCAGACCUCCAGCGCCAUCAGCUCAGCGGCACCUCCCAGUGGCUCAGCUGUGUCCAUGAGGCCCUCCAGUCCUCCCCUUCAGAUCCAAGCACCUGGCAGCACACCAGGUACGCCCAAGCUGACCCAGCUUCCAGUCAGGAUGCCUCAGAAAGUGAAGGCAACGGUGGCGACCAUUCCUGUGGGCAGCUACGAUGGAGGAGGCAGGGGGAAAGAGAGGGAGCGGGACAAAGACAGGGAGAGGGAGAGAGAGCGGGAGCGAGAAAAGGAGAGGGAAAGGGAAGCCGCAGCCAAAAGUCAUUUCUCCUUUGAUCCUGAGCCAGCGGUGCAGACAGGGUCUCCGUCAACACAUCCCACCGAGGAGCCAGCGUCCUCUGACAAACCCCUGGAGGGCUCGAGUGCUGCUGACUCCUCUGACACAAGGAACAGAGAAAGCACAACCACCAAAGAGCCUACAUGGAAGGAGUCCCUCCCUUCCUCCCCUCUCCCCCCUCUAUCGGCCACAGAGCCCGCCCUUCCACCCCCACACACUGACAAAGAUGGUCCUACACCCAAAAAGGUCAAAGCCCGCCCACCACCGCUGAAGAAGACCUUUGACUCUGUGGACAAGACUGGCAGGGUGCUGUCGGAGGUGUAUUUUGAGGAACGCUUUGCCGAGCUCCCGGAGUUUCGGCCUGAGGAGGUUUUGCCUUCACCCACCCUGCAGAGUCUGGCCACUUCACCUCGCGCCAUCCUGGGCAGCUAUCGCCGCAAGAGGAAGAACUCAACAGAUUUGGACUCUGCCACAGAUGAACAAAUCUCUCCAAAGAGAAAGAGUCGGCGGCGUUCUAGCUGCAGCUCUGAGCCCAACACGCCCAAAAGUGCCGCCAAGUGUGAGGGAGACAUCUUCACCUUCGACAGAGCAGGUAGUGCACAAAUACAAGGUUACCUGGAGUCUCAACCGCUCCACCUGUGUGUUCCUUCCCCAGCCACAGAUGGAGAAGACAUCCUGGCAGAACUGGAGUUUGAAAAGGUCCCAUACUCCUCCCUGCGACGAACGCUGGACCAGAGGAGAGCGCUGGUCAUGCAGCUGUUCCAGGAGCAGGGUUUCUUCCCAUCAGCUCAAGCCACUGCAGCCUUCCAGACAAGAUACUCCGACAUAUUUCCCACCAAGGUGUGUCUGCAGCUGAAGAUCAGGGAGGUGCGGCAGAAGAUCAUGCAGACGGCCGCCCCCUCCGAUGCGUCUGGUUUGGGCCCCUCUGACCCGGCCGGCCCCCUCCCCGGACCCUCCGGCUCCCAGUCAGGGGAGGGGUCCGGGAGAGGAGGCGGAGACCUGCAGGAUGAAGAAAUGGAACAAGGAACUGAAGCGAGUCCGGAGGAUCCUCGAGAUUCGCAGGACUCGUCUAGAUGAGGGAGGCUGACCAAUCAGUUCAAAUCGACCAAUCAGUGUCUGCCGACUUUGCCCACCCCCCCCCCCCCCCCCCCCCCCCCACACGCUUUCACGCUUUCCUUCAUCCUGACUCCUCACUCUCUUCUGUUCAGAUCCCGUUUCCUCUCCAUCCUCAGCAGCCAACCUUUGAGAGCGAGGGACGUUUGUAUGCAACAUUGGGACUUAAACCAAAAGAAGGACAUUUGAAAAACCAGUGGCACAAAAAACUACCACAUUAACACCACACACACACACACACACAAACCGCAAACUCUUGAUUCCACCACUUGAAUUAGCACUCUGUAUUAACCACCUUGGAGAAAGCUCCCAUUGACGCCAGUGAACGAAGGACCAUUGUGUACAGCUGCAGUCGUUUGCCUUGAAAAAGAACAGUCUGAGUCGGUGAAAAGUCAGCAGUUUUAACACGGGACGUUUUAUGUUUUGAUAUUUGUUUUUAAUAGUUUUAGAGAAGUCGAAGCUUGAGGAACAACUUGUUGUUAUGUUACUGUUGUGAGAAGGUUUCUGCUGAAGUGCGGGGGCUGGGCCCUCAACUGCCGGAAACGAGAUUUGACCCGCGGAACAAUCUUUUUCUCACCCGUGGACCUUCAGCGGAGGUCUGCGCGGAUGGACUGAAACGUUGACUGAAAUUUAAGUGGACUUCUGGCAGUGCCAUCAUUCCUGCAGUUACCGGACUGGCCUCCCUUCCUGCGACUGACCCUAGCACAUGCCAGUAGGUGGGAACCAAGCAUUCCUGUGCCUCUCAUUUCGCUAGCCAUGAAGGAAGGAGGUGGGUCAGAGUCACCGGGCACAUCCUGGCUCUUAGUCAUAGAGGUCAGGCUCAUAAGACCUUAACCCUCUAUUGCCAAGCAGUUUUAUUAACUUUUUUUAAAAAAUAAUUUGUAUUUAACAUUGUCAUAUUAUUCAGUUUGUUGUUGUACUAUUCCAAUGGUUAUUAUUAUUAUUAUUAUUAUUAUUAUCAUCAUUACUACUCCUCAUAUCAUUGCAGUGAACCCCGGUUCUGAGUUCUGUUCUUUUUUUCUGACAGAUGUUUCCUUUAUUUCUGCCAGCUUGUUUCAUUUUGUAUCUUUUUGGAGGUAGGUGAAAGAUGAUGCUCCGCACCUGUACAGCUCCUCCGUUGUAGUCUUCCCUUGACUGGCCUCUCACCUCAGCCAGGAAAUCUGGGGUGCAGAUAUUUUUAUUGUUCAUUUCAAAGAGGAAGACAAACACAAUAUGAACCUUGAUAUUCUUUCAAUAAGUCGUAUAUUUUUAGACACCCCUGUAUGCCUCCGUCUCUUGCUAAGUUAGAUUCUAUAGCCCUGAUACUUGUACAUCUCCUUCCUCCACCUCUUUCCUCCCCUCCGUCCUCCCUUUGUCACUUUAUUGCUCUCUCCAGACCUCCUUUUUUUCAACAGGUGGAGAGAAAACUGGGGGAAGUGACGGGAGGGUAACGGAUCAAAGAGAGCUGGUAGAAUAUAAUACUGGUUGUGUCUUUGUGCAAGACUUGGUUGUGUUGUAAAUAAUUACUGUAGAGUCAGUAGACUCGAUAUAUUAUUAAGGCAAAAAUCUGUCAUUGAACAUAAGUUGAAUUUUAAGACACCGUUAUCAAAGGUAAAACACGUGACAUGGGGAAAAAAAAAAAACAAUAAAUAUGGCUAUUAAUGUUUUUGUGUUUUACUCCUUGUUCUGCUGCUCCAGUAUGCAAGAGAGGAAUUUAUAUACAUAAUUUAAGUUUGUAUCUGUAUCUUUCAGUAUGCAAAUAAAAAUAGGUGUUGAAUUAAAGUGAUUUAAUCGCU